AUGAAUUCCUCAUCUUAUGGCAACAACGUGUCGACUGUUCUUAGCUCUCGAGACUCCUACAGCUCAGCUGUAGCCAAAAAUGUGAUUGUUCUGGCUCUUGGUCUUGUUAUCAACUACAUCAACGGUAGCCUGAUUCACACCUUUAGAAAACAUCAGAUAUUUUAUAUGAAUCCUCGUUACAUCCUGUUUAUCCACCUGGUGAUGAACGACAUGAUCCAGCUGACUGCAACAAUCUCCCUGUUUGUCUUGAGUUACAUCUUCUACAAAAUUAAUGUUUCUUUAUGUUGCCUCAUUAUAAUCUUGGCUAUCUUCACCACCCUCAACACUCCAUUAAAUUUAGCUGUGAUGGCAGUGGAGUGCUACAUCGCUAUCUGUUUACCACUGAGGCACGCUGAGUUCUGCACAAUUAAAAGAACCUACAUUCUGAUUGGUUGGAUUUGGGCAAUGACUGCAGCCUCAACCCUGCCAGAUGUGGUUGUCUUUCUGGCAACAGAGCCUGUAGAGAUUUUUUAUUCUACAAUUUUUUGUCACAGGGAUAACCUCUUCAGACAUCCUAUACACUUGGAAAAGAGGGAUGUUUCCUACAUAAUUUACCAGAUUGCCGUUUGGCUCAUUCUGCUCUACACUUACAUCAAGAUCUUCUUUGCUGCUAAAUCUGCUAAAUCAGCUAAAUCAGCGAAUGGAGAUGCAAAGAAGGCCAGAAAUACAAUCCUGCUACAUGGCUUUCAGCUACUGUUGUGUAUGCUCACCUAUGUAGCACCCGUGUUAAACAGGACUUUCUCGUACUGGUUCCCUAAACAUUAUGCACAAGUAAUGUUUGUUUCCUACAUCAUCAUCCAGAUCCUCCCGAGGUUUGUCAGUCCCAUUGUGUAUGGACUGCGAGACAAGAUGUUUAGACAGCAUUUCAAAAAAUAUCUGCUGUGUACAGUGAAAGUAAGGAUGAACUAUGCAGAGACCAAAAUAAUUAAAAAAAAAAGAGGAUUUUGUUAA